UUAUUAUUGCUUCGAUUCCCACAUUUCUCAGUUCGACAAUGGCGACUGCGAUGGAGACGUCGUCGACUGGCCCUGCAGCGCCUGCAGCAACGACCUCAGCGGCGCUCUCGUCCCUGGAUCGGCUGCUCCCGAGCACUCCGCUGCGCUUGCAUCCCCGACUGGAUCUCGAGAUCUAUGCAUCCAACUACACGGGGCACGCGCGCAUCAUCCGCCUGCUCUUCAUUGCGGCAACCUGCCCCGACCUGCGCGUCGAUGCCCUCCGAAGCGCAAUGCACGACCUCAAGAAGACGCUCAACACCAAGCUGUACGAGGCUGUCGGCGAAGACCUCCGUGUUGCAGCAGCUGCGGCGAACGUCUCGCGCCCGGAAGACCGUGUCGAUUCGGCAUGGGUCGAUGCCACCUUCCGCAAAGCGCAAAAUCUGUUUGAGCGCCUGGACACGGAUUUGCGAGGCCAUCGCAACACGUUCAUCAAGGAAUCCAUUCGAAUGGGCAACACGGAUCUUGGUGAUCACUUUUACGACCGUGGCGAGCUCUCUGAGGCGGUCAAGUGCUACACACGCGCAAGAGACUACUGCACGACCACCAAGCACAUGAUGCAAGUGUGCCUCUCCGUCAUCCAGGUCAAUAUGGAGGCCUCCCUGUGGACCACCGUCUCCGCCUACCUGGCCAAGGGCGAGGCGGCGGCUGCCGACCCUUCCUGCGAUGCGCUGUCGCAAGCCAAGCUUGCCGCUUGCCGUGGGCUGUACUUGCUCCAUGAGCGUCAAUUCAAUCAGGCAGGCAAGGUUUUUGUGGACGUCUCGUUUGACAUCUGCGGCAACUUUAGCGAGGUGAUUGCGGCGCAAGACAUUGCCAUCUUUGGCGCCCUCUGCGGCUUGGCCACGUUCGACCGUGCUGAAAUCAAGUCCAAGCUGAUCGAUCUGCCAAACUUCCGACAGUUCUUGGAGCUUGUGCCGGAAGUGCGCGAACUCAUCCAGGCGUUCUACCACUCGCGCUAUGCCACCGUUCUGACCAUCAUGAGCUCGCUGCACGACGAUCUGGCGGCGGACAUUCAUUUGAAUCCGCACGUCAGCGCUCUAUUUGCGCUCAUUCGAUCGCGCGCCAUGCAACAGUAUGCUUCGCCCUUCUUGUCGGUGGACAUGUCCAAGAUGGCCACCGCGUUCAAAACGACCAUUGCAGAUUUGGAGCAAGAGCUUGUCGCCCUGAUCAUUGCCGGCCAGAUUUCCGCACGCAUCGACAGCCACAACAAGGUCUUGUAUGCGCGACAGGUCGACACGCGAAGCGCCACCUUCCACCGCGCCUUGCAGUUUGGAGAAGAGUAUGACUAUGCUUCCAAGGCCCUGCUGAUGCGCGUCGCGCUGUUGAAGUGCGGUCUGGGUGUGAAUAGCAAGAGCAAGUCCGGUGCUGGUGAUGUGGAUCGGGAGAUGCAUCCGCGACGUUAGCGACUGUAAAGACAUUGUGUUGUGUUGCACUCCAUCUACAUGGCAUUUUAUGCGUGCGUGUGUUUGUAUGCAUUACGUUGUAUGCCUGCGAAAUGAUUACAUGUGCAAUUCUAUGGCA